UGACGGACCGCAGGCUUGCGCCUCCUGUGCCCGCACAAUCCCGCUCACUCUGACACACACACGCACCGACAUUGGCUGUUCUCGCCUCUUGGUCUCCAGAACCGAAGGAGCUUUUGGAUUUAGCAGCCGGUAUUCCCGUUCAGACAGAGGAGUGAGGAGCUGCGGAGAUAAAUGGGGUUAAUAUGAGACCUGUUCAAGGGAGAUGCACAUCCCUUCCAGUUUGUAUCCAAUCUACAAUGAUGGGGAUUUAAACAAGAGUCUUCACCUCUCCUCCAAGGAACAGUCCUCUGCAGCCAUUCUCUGAUCACAGGCCUGGCAUCUUUCAUCCAUUCAUUCCUCUUUCCAUUCAUUCAUCUUUUUGCCCUGUCAUGAAAGGCCUGUCCAGUAGUCGGAGUCACCAUCAUGUGGUCUCCUAUGAGCCUUCAUAUGAUCCAGUGGGUCAUCAUGUUGACCGUAAGCCAUAUUUGUUCAGCCAGAUGGAUAUGCCGUUGCCCAUUCCCAUGCCACAUCCAUCUGAGUUGCCCUAUUACAAUGCUCAGCGUGUCUCGUACCCCUCAGAAAGCAGCAGCAUUGUCCCAUAUGGAACCUUCCCAAGGAGGUGCCACUCCACCUCCUCAGCUCACCAUCCUGAGGUAAAGGAGUGUAUGGCCAUGGUGCCAUAUGUAGGAGGAGGAGGAAGAGGAGGAGGGGGAGGAGGAGGCUAUGGGGGUAAAUCUCAGUCAUGGGUACCAGUAAAUUUUGCAGACUCCUUUGAGCAACCACCAAUAUUUUCCAGAGAUGGCUACCACACACUGCAGUACAAACGAGGAGUGUUGUCCCACAGUGGAGGGAUAGGAGCUAAUGACAACAAUGACAGUCCUGGGCGAAUUCGUCAUCUGGUCCACUCAGUCCAAAAACUCUUUACAAAGUCACAUUCAUUGGAGGGGCCACAACACACACAGUCAUCAAAAGGGCCGAAUAAUGGGAGUGUUUAUGGUGGUGGCGGUGGUGGCGGAGGAGGUAGCGGUGGUGGUGGUUCAAGGGCCAGCCAAGAGGGUGCAGCUCCUCCAGGGGGAGUGCGCCACCGGAAGCGCAGCAAGAGCCGUGAGCGCUGUCGAUCAGCAGAGCCCAAACAUCGAAGCUACCACCACCACCACCAUCCCCAGCUUCAUGGCUCAGCAUCUGCUCCGGGGUCUGGAUAUUGGAGCUCAGAUGACAAUCUGGAACGAGAGCUGUGUCUUUACCACCCUCAUCACCACCAACCUCCACCCUCACCCUCCCUCUCUAUUUCCCCCUCGCCUGUUGCCAUGACAACAGGCCAGUGCACUGCCAAUAACCCUGAUAAGUAUCCCCAGAUUCCCCUCUCAAAAAUCUCCUCUUCGCAUUCCCAGCAGUACUUCAUGAUGGACCCCUAUGGGACAAUUAACGAGCACGCACACACCCAUGCACGCCACGGCCACACUCACCACCACUCUGCACUCAAAGCUUCUCGGAGCAACAGCGAUGUGAAAUAUACAGCAUCAUCUGCAUGUGUGCCAGUUAGUGGUAACAGCAAUAAGAGCGAUGGCUGUAUCGGUGGAGGAAGUGGCCCCUUGCUGCCGCUGGGUCUUGUGGACGGGCCUAUUGAGAAGAAAGGGGCAUGGUCAUCAAGCCUAACGGUGAGCAGGGCCCAAGAGGUCUACACCAACAACCAGCUACGAGCCAGCGCAGGAUCCGGUAACCUAAACCUAGAUAGAGCUCUAGUCAAAUCUAAUGGCAGUCAGCAGCAGGACCCUUCUUGCCAAUUCUUACAGGUGCCUCAAGAUGAGUGGAGUGGUUUUUCUCCUCUGGGGAAAGAAGAUGACAUCCCCUGUCGGAGGAUGAGGAGUGGCAGCUAUGUCAAAGCCAUGGCUGAUGAUGACAGCGGAGACUCUGAUGGAAGUCCCAAACCUUCACCAAAGAUGCAGGCACGUCGGGCCAGCUACCUUAAAGCCACACAACCAUCAUUGACAGAGAUGACCACUCUACAGAUUUCCACAGAGCACUCCCCCAAACUGCAGAUCAGGAGUCACAGUUACUUACGUGCUGUGAGUGAGGUUUCAAUCAACAGAAGCCUGGAUACACUUGACCCUAAAACCCUUCUUGAUCCCAAGUCACUGCUGUCUUCACCCCAGUACCGGUCACGCAAUGAAAGCUACAUGAGAGCCAUGAGCACCAUCAGUCAGCUGAGUGAAGUCGAAGUGAAUGGGCAGAUUGAGCAAGUAUGUGAGCAGGUGUAUAGUGAGAUGCAAUCACAAGCUAUGGACGCAGGAAUGGAUAGCUUGGACACCAUGGGCACCCUGCCAAUGCCAGGAUGCUUUCGUAUGCGUAGCCCCAGUUAUGUAAGAGCAAUCGACCAGGGAUGUGCCUCUGAGGAGGAGGGACCAGGAGGAAGACCUCUGCUGCUACUUCCAUCCUCACCACCACGCACAACUGCCACAACUGUCAGGACCAUCCAAAGCAGCACAGUUUCGUCUUGCAUUACUACCUAUAAGAAAACCCCUCCACCAGUGCCACCACGAACCUCCACCUGCUCUACAACCUCCAAGCCAUAUAUCUCCAUCACAGCCCAAAGCAGUACAGAGUCUGCACAGGAUGCCUACAUGGAAGAAGAAGGACCCAGAGGUGACAUGACAAUCCAGUCAGGGCUAAGCAACUCAACAGAAAGUAUUGACAGCAUGAAGGCCUUGACAGCUGCUAUAGAAGCUGCUAACGCUCAGGUCCAUGGACCAGCCAGUCAACAUGUCAGUAACAGCACGAUGACAGUCAACACUGCCAGCUCCUCGCACCUUAGCAGGGGACAAGUUGUUGAAGAUUAUCGGGAUGAAUACAGGAAAGACGCACUCAGGAAGGGAAAAUGUCUGUCCAUAGGCAUCCAGGUUGAUGGACCAGAAGAGAUUCCAGAUCCAGAGGACCCCUCCAAGUUCACUUCUGUUGGGGUACAGGUGGAGGAUGAUCGAGGAUACCGAAGGCUUCAGCGGUCCAACAGUGUGACAGCAGCUGUACAGGCAGAUCUAGACCUGCCAGACCUCCUAGACACUCCUCUAGACUCUCCACAUCCUCACAGAGGGCGUCUCUCAUCCUUUGGCAUCUCUUGGAAGUAUUCUCGUGAUGCUGCCACCUCCACCGUCAGCAUUCAGGGCUCAGGGAACCAUUACCAUGCCUGUGCCUCAGAUGACUAUGAAGAUGUUGGUUUUGACCCAUCCAUCCUCCCCCCACCAGACCCCUGGAUAGAUACUGUUACUGAUGAUCCGCUUGAUGCCGACUUUAACAGCUCUGCUAUUCUGGAGGUGGUGCAACGAUCAGUCUGUCAGAGAGAUGGACGCUGGUUCCUGAAGCUUCUGCAGGCUGAGACCGACCGCAUGGAGGGAUGGUGUCGACAAAUGGAUCUUGACCAGCAGGAGAAUGAGCUGCCUGAAGACAUCCUGGAAAAGAUGAGGGCUGCUGUAGGAAGUGCACAGCUUCUGAUCUCCCAGAAGUUUCAGCAGUUCAGGGAGCUAUGUGAAGAGAACUUGAACCCCAGCACCCAUCCUCGUCCUGUGGCCUCAGAUCUUGCGGGCUUUUGGGAUAUGCUUCAGCUAUCUAUUGAGAACAUAAGCCUCAAGUUUGAUGAGCUUCACCAGCUUAGGGCCAACAACUGGAGACCGCUGGACCCUCCCGAUAGAAAGGAGAGGCGACUUCCACCUCCUGUGCCAAAAAAACCACACAAUGUGGUCCAUCCACCACUUGCCAGAGACCGCUCACUGGAGAGCUCAGAGAAGCAGCGGCAGGAGGCUAGAAAGCGCCUGAUGGCUGUCAAGAGAGCAGCAUCUGUACGCCAGAACUCAGCGACGGAGAGUGCUGACAGCAUUGAGAUUUACAUCCCUGAAGCUCAGACAAGGUUAUGAAGACACUAACAUGGACGUAUAUUAUGGUUGGCAAAAAGUACCCAGUUACACACACCCUCCUUAAAAGAAAACAUGUAAUAGUGUUAUAGUGGGAAAAACUAAUGUGAAUAUUUUGAGGGUUUUUUUUCUGGAAUGUUUCCGUCUAUUUUUACCUCAUCAGUUAUGUGUUAUGAAGUAGCAACUGAUGUUCUACAGGUUUGGUUUUUAAGAAGCAUUUUUUAUACAAAGAAACACUGUAUAUAAACUUUCCAAAGUUUAUUUACAUUUCCAAAAUUGUGCUUUAGAUCUACUGCGAGGAUGGGGCGAAAUUAGAUCACCUGUUAUAAUUUAAAUGCUGAAAACUCUGAUGACAUAGUUGUAACACUUCCUGAUAUCACCUUAUAUUCCAAACUGCUGACUUGACUGGCUUCUGUAGCUCAUGCUGUGAAACUCCUAAUUCAAUAGUUUAGGCAAAAGAAGCAUGGUGAGUUCAUGUUCUGCUUUCACUGCGCCUUUAAGUGUUGAGCAACUUGAGGCAUUUAGACCAUUUCAGAUCAUCCUUUCAAUCUAAGAUCUGUUUUCUAAGGUUGGUGAUGAGACCCCAUAUGACACCUCUGAUCCACCUUGGUAGGUAGUCAUACACCCCUAAUGACUCAGUGUUAAGGCUAAGAUGGGACUGUGGAACAUAUGUGAUGUAGUGAUCUGAUACAAAGCAAAAAGAGCACCAGAAGCAUGACUGGAUGCAUGGGAAGUGGAGCCACUGGAAGAUCUUUCGGUGUCCAUCUGAUCAAUGUACUGAUCAGAAGAAUCUAAUACAGAUGAUACAUGAGGAGAAUUCUGCACAACGACCUUUCUUUUUUUAAAUAAUGAAUUAUUUGGUUUGCAGGCUGUCCAAAAACAGGGGAAAUCCCCCACACAAAGCUAAUGCGCAAUACUCAGGUGAACACUGCUGUAUUAUAAACCAUGCCUCUUUGGUUCCUUGUUCCCAGCCGAGUGUUCUGAAAGCACCCACAACACAUGAUCUUAACAUAUUAACUUAUAUGAUGUGAAUGAAAGAAAUCAGCCCAUUUUAUAGCUUUGCUGGAGCCUUAUACAAGAUGCUGUUUGAUGGCCCCUAGUUUGCCAAUAUAAUGGAGAGGUUCCUGAUCCAUAAGAUGAUCCACAAACAUGCGGCCAGGCUGCAGUCAUGGUUACCUCAUAUAUUAAAUAAAGCAUUUUAGGUUGAGCCACUCAACUCUUGAAAACUGAUAGAAAAUUAUAAUGCAACAGUGAUCCAUAGAAAUAUAACAAAAACUGUUCUGUGUUUAAAAAAAUGUUUUACUGGAAAUUUUUAAAGCAACAUGAUUCCCAACUUGAUAGCAGCACAAAUUCUUACACCUCUAAACAAUCAAUAUACAAGUGAUCCUAGCCCAAGAUCUACAAACUAUAAAUUAUUUGUUUUUACGUACUUGCAUAUCAAUGUGCAAAAGAAACGUAGAACACUACUACUAAUAGUGAAGUUAGUUAUAUAUAAAACUCCAACCUCUUUAAAACUAUUCUGGAUCUGUUACUGUUUGUUUGGUUGUUGCACCUAAAAUAGGCUGUGGCCUGGAAUAAAAAUAUAAUCCAGCAUCUGUUUUAAUUUGUAACAAUAAAAACAAACACUGAACAUUCUCUAAUGUAUAAUUAAGGCAAUCAUAAAAUUUCAUCACAUAAAAAAAUACAAUUAGUUAAGUAGUAAAUAUACUAGUGGAACAGCUUUUACAGAAGUAAAGUCAAAAAUGAUCUCCUCGUAGGACAUCUGCUUACCCACUUCAUGAUUGCUGUUGAUAAUGAGAUCAUUGAGCUGAUCCUUCUUCAUGGAUGACCUAAGGUUCUUAAUUUGCUUCAACUUUGAGAAGUUCCUCUUUUCUGUGACAAAAGCCACAGGAGGAAUGCAGGUGAUUCUCAGGCACUUAAAGAUCCAGGUCCGGAAGUUCUGAAGACCCCUUUGCUUGACAUGCCUGGAGGUUCAGAGAUUGAAAAUAGAUCAGAAGCACAUAUUUUUACUUUAUAAUUGCAGUAAAGUUGCAUAAAAAUAGAAAUUAAUAAUGUUUUUACAUUAAAAAUUGUAAUGUAUGGUGUCCAUUUGAAAUAUGUGCUCACUAUAAAUAGGUUUCCACAUUGUAUUUGUUAAAGUAUUAAAACAAAAGUUAUAACCACCAUUUGAUACAGUGGGAAUGUCUGAAUAUUUCACAGGGGAUUACAAAGUGGUGAUAUGUUAUUAUCAUCCUAUGUUUUUCUGUGGGUAGAGCUAACAGUCAUAAUUCCUUCUUUGUAACUGUAUUGUCAUUCUAAAAUAUUUUAAUAACUAUGGUAAAGCGAUAAACUGCAACUAACUCAGUUGAGCUGUCAAUAAUCCACUUCAACAAUAGGCCAAAACAAUGGAUUGAUAUUAUUAGUCACUUAAAAGAAAACUACUGUUAUUUAUAAAGCUGUGACACACUUCUAAUUAAAGAUCUUUAAAAUUCCCCUCAUAUGUAGAGCCAACCUGAGUGGCAAAUAUGUGAGAAACAACUUCCUGUGGAUGACAACAUUGCAGAACCUCCCAAAAUCUGACCAAAUGGGUCUGAUGGGUCACUUCUGUUGGUCAGUUGGUCCAAUGGCAGAAAAGCAUGCGAAUGUUGGGUUUAUGAGUAAAUAGGCCUAGCCAGCUAACUAGCAUUUAUCUGAGGCUAGUUGACCUAACUAGUAGGAGAACAAAACUAAACAAAAGUGCUAAAAACUCCUGUAACACCCCCCCCCACCACCACCACUCCAAAACAAGCAAAUAUUUAACCUUUGACUGACCUUUUAUUGUUGCACGUUUAUUUUUGAACCAUGAUCUGAAAGGAGCUUUUGACUUCCAAAAAAGCCUAUCAACACAUUUUAAACAUUUGAAAAUCUUUCCUUAUGACUGAGUAGUAGUAACUGCUCACAAUAACUCAUACAUGUAGCUGCAAGUGUGGCGUGCACGGUGCUCUCUUUUAGUUUAUACAGUACAAUCCAAAACAGGUUUCAACUGUCCGAAUGUUAGAAUGAAACCUUACUCCUAAUGAGGACAACCCGAGCAUACUCACUGUGUAGCACGCAGACAUUUGAAACAUUUGGGGAGAAUGAUAUGGAAUUUAAAGGCAGUCCAAUAGUGCUUAAGUUGUUGAACAACGAACAAACCACAUGGCAGCGAAUAUAAAACGCCUGCUUUGCUUUAUACUUAUCCUUAUGCUAUGUUAUUGUUACAGCAUGAAUUAGGCAGUCUUUGCUUAGUAAGACAUGAACAGGUUUUCCAUAAAACAGGUUCCAGUACUGAGCCAAUGCUUGUUGUGGAGCAAGCCUCUAACCUGUUCUAGAAAAACAUCGAUAGGAACCAGUUUGGUUUUCCUGAGAGAACCAACUCAUAGCUAAGUUAUCAUGUCAGUGGAACAUGCUUGACCCUCAUCUGUGAGAAGCAGACAGACUCUCUCUGUCAUGUUAUGGCUGCAGUCAGUUGCCCUAACGUCACAUUAAAUGAGUAACAUGGUUUUAAACUGAUGUUUAUAAUUGUAAAAGCUCGCAACAAUCCCAGAUACGUUUUUUGACUUCUGGACAACAUUUAUCAGCAGCGCAGCAAACAGGUUGAGAACACUUCUUGGAAGAAGACGGACUAAUAGCACCUGGUGAUUUUUAAAGACUGAUAGUGAUUGUCAGGAGAGCUAGGAUAAAAAAGCUGUUAUUUCUUCUGGCCCAGAUAAGAAGUGCAGUCGUUGGAGGAAGCAGAAUGAACUGGUUCUAAGAAAGCACUAGCACCUGUUUAGCACUGGAAUUGGUUUGAUGGGAAUCCUCCAAACAUGACAUGGUGUAUGGUUUUAGAGCAUUAAAGCCCUAGUUAUCUUUGAGAAGUCAGGAGUGUGACUAAUUAACGCUAAUUACAGGGAGGUAACAGAAAACAUCUAAGGAAUCAAUGAAUAAACUCCAGAACCAAAACAGAGGAACCAAAUCUACAAGGAAAUAUAAAUUAAUAAUUCCAACACAGGAAUCCAGGAAAGUAACAAAAGUAAACAGCAUGAAUCAAAUAAACCUGAAUGAACUAAAUCAAAUCUGGGACAUGUUCAAAGUUUGGGAUCUUGUUUUAGAACUCAACCCAACUCCACAACUUUCUCCCUGACCUGUCUGCUGUGUUUCUUGCUCUUCAUGAUGCUGCUUGUUCUUUAGUGUUCCCUAACAAACCCCUGAGACCAGAAAUAGAACAGUUGCAGUUAUACUGUGAGUCAGUUAAACACAGCUGGACUCUGUCAGCUGAUUAGAAAACGUCUGAAGGCAAUUCGCACUGAAUUUUAUUUAGGGGCUUCAGAGUACAGGGAAGCUUUCAAAUUAGUAGUUAUGUGCUUAUUUUGUAAAUCACACCAAAUUCAAAUAAAUAUGUAGUUAUAACAUAACAAUUUUUUUUAAGUUCAAGAAGUAUGAAUAUGUUUGCAAGGUACUGCAGGAUAGCCUAUAGAGUUAUUUGCACAUUCCUAUUUAAACAGAUGCUAAUUUCCAUAGGUUUUCAUUUUCCAACAGAGCACCAGCUAUAAAACAAAUACAGUAAUCAGCUGUGAUGCGAGUUGGAAAAAGAACUGAUCUGAUGUGUUGUAGAUCUACGUUUUUAAUCACGUCUGUUAGUGUUAGCUCAAAUCAUGACUGUUGUUUCCAGCUAAACUUCAGAUAGCUAACAUUAAAAGUAAACUGUGUCAAUAUCUUUUUGACCAAUUUUCACAACAUGCUUCCUAAACUAAGAAAACCCCUUUUACCACUGCAGUAGAAUUACUAUUAUUUCAUUAGCCUUUACUUGUUUGCAUUGAUUUCAUAUCAGGUUUUUGCAUACUGCAAGCUGUGAUUGCCUUGUGAAACAGUGUACACUGUAUAAUAAUAACAACAAUAACAAUAAUAAUAUAGGCCUUAACUUACUUAAUAAUAGUUCAUAGGGACAAUUCUAAUGGCAAAAAUAUGAAGCAACUCUACAAUUAAACACUAAAUGUACACAAUAGAGUUACAUUAAGGCAAGUUAAUUAAAUUUGUUACUUUCCACUUCUCUACAGGUCCAUCUAAAAAAUAGACGGUCAUGAAAAAGUUCAAUAUUUGUUGACACUCUUUACAGAAAGUGGCUUACAGAUAAUAAAAACCUCAGUGUCUCGGAAAAUUUGAAGAUUGUGACAAAGUAACAUAUUGGAAACUCAAGGUGUUACACCCCUAUUAGGUUAUUAACACAAAACACCUGUAAAGGUUUCCUGAGGCUCUAAAUGGUCUCUCUGUCUGGGUCAGUAGGCUACACAGUCAUGGGGAAGACUGCUGACUGGACAGUUGUCCAGAAGACAGUCAUUGACAACAUCUACAAGGAGGAUAAGCCACAAAGGAGUAAUUGCUAAAGAAGCUGGUUGUUCACAGAAUGCUGGAUCCAAGCAUAUUCAUAGAAAGUUGAGUGAAUGAAAAAUGUGGUGGCAAAAAGUGCACUACCUACAGGGAUCACUGCAGCCUUGAGAGGAUUGUUAAGCAAAAUCAAUUCAAGAAUUCUGGUGGAGCUUCACAAGGAGUGGACUGAGGCUGGUGGCAGAACUUUAAGAACCACUAUAUACAGAUGAAUUCAACACAUGGGCUACAAGUGUCUUAACAGCAAGUCUGAAAAGCUGAUUUUAUGUGUGAUCAGCUGGUUUAGGAUGUUAUUUAAUACAGCGCCCCCUACCUGUGUGUAAUUCCGCUGACAUGGUGUCCAUUUUCUUUCCUUUCAGCCUUCAGGCAUGGUUUAUGAUUUUUAAAUAGUAAAAUUAUAUUUCGAUUUCACCCACUCUGACCAUUACUUUUCUCUGUAGUAUCUCAGCAAAAACCUUAAAAUUUCUCUUUGUCCCACGGCCAGUCAGUGAACAGCAGACGUUCACUUCACACGUAGCCCCUAGUCAGCCCUGAUGGUACUUGCUCAGGCAUAGGGAUGAAAAAAUUACAGGUACGGAAAAAACACUAAGAAACCCCUGCAAAGCAAUCGAGUGGAGUGGAGCCAGGCUAAAUCAAGCCAGUGGAAAAGGGGCAUAUGGGCUGUUGACAAGAGGAAGAUGAGACAACAGACCCAACAAGGUAAAUGACCGGAAGGCUUCUAUCAAUGCAACCUGGGCUUCCAUCACACCUCAGCAAAACCACAGGCUGAUCGCCGCCAUGCCACACUGAUAUAGUAAUUCAUGCAAAUGGAGCCCUAACCAAGUAUUGAGUCAAUAAAACUGAACAUACAUGUCAGAAUAUUACAUAUAUGUAAUAUUCUAAUUUUCUGAGACACUGAAUUUUGGGUUCUCAUUAUCUGUAACCCAUAAUUAUCAAAAUGACAAGAAGGGCUUGAAAUAUUUUACUCUAUGCUUAAUUAAUCCAAAUAUUAUUGACUUUUUGAAAUGAGUGACAAAAUAUUUCAAAAUGUAAAACAAUUUUUUGAGACGUACCUUUAUUUAUUUAUAUAUGUAAAAACAUAAUUUACAGCAAAGCAGGUGCCAUAAGUCGAGAUCAGAGCCCAAUAUCCAGUUUAAGAAUGGGACAGUAUUGCAUCUGUCCCAACUCCCAUCCUUCAGUCUCUCUCCAACAUUCAUAAGGAGGUGACAGACAAUCCUACAAACAUUAGAUACACCAAAUGUUAACGCUGGAUCACAUGAAAACUGUGGAUUACAUAUGAUGAACCUGAGGACUUGCAUGAAACUUCAUGGUUUUUCCUCUUCUUGGAACAACCAACUUUAAAUUCAGUUCAAUAUUUGUCAGUGAAGUUCUAUUGCUUUGCAAACUCAGAUGCAUUUUGUAGUCUUGGGUAUUACUCUUCUUCCACAAUCCACUUUGUUUUUAAAGCUUUUCAUGUCUGACACUACAAAAACUCAUUUGUAAAUAAAAGAUAUUUUAACUUCCUUGCAUAAAACAGAAAGCCAUCAACUAAGUAGCAAAGUGCUAAUAGAAUCCUGUUAGUGAAUAGGGGAACAUAUACAGUACCGGUCAAAAGUUUUAGAUACACUUUCUCACUUAAUGGGUCUUUAUUUACAUUGUAGAUUCUCACCAAAGGCAUCAGAAAUAUGAAUGAACACACAUGGGAUUAUGUAGUAAACAAAAAG